AGGGCGUCUUAUGAGGUCGAUCGAAUGCUAGGCAGCGGAGAAGUCAUCGGGAAACUUAAACUACGGUGGGAUGAGCUACUCGAUCACGGAGACGAGCCAUUCGAUAUAUCCUUCCCACCCGUGCGCGGGGUCCACCCUUCCCUCACGCUAAAGGCCACCGUUGUACAUGCUUACGACAAUCAAAACGACGCGCUGUUUGAUGUGAGUGACGCCGGACUCUGUUGUAUUAGUUUUUGCUGAUGCAACUCCGUCUGCAGUCCCUCGCAGACUGCAAAAUGGCUCGAGAUACAGAUGCGGGCCACGCACGGUUUGCUAAAUAUGUGAUGAGCAAGAAAGUCUCUCACCUGAACAAUGCUGUAGAGCAUUUUUUGUUGGUUCUGGACCAGUGUCCGGUCAGCCAUCCAGACCGUGCAACGGCUCUCACCAACCUCGCGUGGGCCCGCCUGGAAGGCUAUAGUCAAAAUGAUCUUCAAGACAUUGAUACCACCAUUUCUCUCUUCCACGACGCCCUUGCAUUGCGUCCGCGGCACCAUCCCGAUCGUCCCUUAUCUCUAUACAAUCUCGCCGAAGCUCUGAAUUGGCGCCACAAGAAGAAAAAUAUUGCUGCCGACAUCCGCGAAGCUGCCCAAAUCUGUCAUGAGCUACUACCUCUCUGGACAGAGGGCACCUACAUUCGUAGCAUCGUGGCAGGGGAAGAUUGUGUCGAUUAUGUGAUUAACGGAUGCAUCAGUCUUCCAAUAGACGCAUCUGAUGAAGGCAUCCACCUUCGACAAGUCGUCCUCGAGCUGUGUCCUAUAGGCCAUCAACUCCGUCCAAGAGCACUUGACAAACUUUCAUGGGCUCUCAGGGCACGCUUUGAGCAGCACGGCAGCAUCGACGAUCUUGACACGAGCAUACAACUCGGUCGUGAAGCCGUGUCUCUGUGCCCCGAGGGACAUUCUGACUGUGAUAUAUACCUGAACAACUUGGCCUUCUCACUCCAGUUACGCUUCGAUCACCAAGGCAAACCUAAUGACCUCGAUGAGGCCAUCUUCUUGCACGAAGAAGCGCUGCGCCUGCGCCCUGUUGGGCACAAAUAUCGUGAUGCCUCAUUGGACAACCUAGGGCUCGCCCUCAUCGCCCGUUUCAAAAAACGUGGCGACUUGUAUGACAUCACCCGAGCUGUCAGCCUCUAUCGCGAGGCACUGACAUUGCACCCACCUGGGCAUCCAAGUCGUGACAUCACACUUAACAACCUUGCUCAUGCCCUCCAAGCCAGAUAUGACGGAUUGUAUGUCAUUGAGGAUCUUAACGAGGCCAUUGAUCGGUAUCGAGAAUCCUUUCAGUUACAGCGGCUUGACGAUCCAGAGCGCCAUGCGACUCUUUUGAAUUUGAGCUCGGCGCUCUCCUCUCGUUUCACGCAAACUCAGGAGAAUGAAGAUGUCGAGGAGGCCAUUACUCUUUGCCAAGAGUCAUUGGCGGCUCUGUCUUCACUGCACCCAGCUAAAUGCGUGAGUUAUGCAUGGCUACAGAGGGCUCAUCUAUCCCGUUACCGCAUACAACACAAACCCAUCGAUUUGUCAUCUGCAAUGGAGCACUUCAGACAGUCGUCGAUACACCCUACUGGAGGCUUGCCUCAACGUAUCCUCGUAGCUAUUGACUGGGCUCUCCAAGCCGAAAUAUAUCAACAUGAAUCUGCCCUCGACGCAUACCAAAUGUGCUUUGAGCUUUUCGACAGCCACGUGAUGACGCGAUCGUCGAUCAUCUCGCGGCGUGAGGCUGCAACCGCUUUUCGUGGUGCAGGAUCGCUUCCUGUAGAUGCAGCCUCGUGUGCCAUACGUCGUGAAAAUCUACAACGGGCAGUUGAGCUGAUGGAGCAGGGUCGUGGCCAGCAGUGGUCGCUGGCAUCGCGGCUCAGGACGCCACUCGAAGAUCUCGAGUCUAUGAGUCCCGAACUGGCUCGCAAGUUAUUACAUCUUAGCAAACACCUAUCUGAUGCUCAGGGUUCUGCGGCCAGCACGGACAGAGUUGCUGCCGACCGGGCAGCGACAGAGUAUAGGAGACUCACAAGGCAAUGGGAAGCUGCGGUGGCUGAGAUACGUGAUCUUCGCCCGUUCUCGCGGUUCCUGCUCCCACCUUCCUAUAAAGACCUGCAAGCGGCAGCGCGCCAGGGCCAAGUCAUCAUCCUCAUUGCGAGCCAAUACUCGUGCAGCGCCAUCAUCGUCCCAACAUCAGGAGACCCCCAUCAUGUUCCCUUACCAUCCGUUACUCUCGUAGAUCUAACCAAUCUCAAGGAUCGUUUCGCCAGGGCAAUACGACAAGCAUCUCGGAUGAACCCAACGGAGUCGAGGACGGAUCUCAUAGUGCUCUCGCGGAUAAUAUGGGAGGAGAUCAUGCUACCCAUCGUCAACGUACUCGAGCUCGUCCUCAAACUAAAACGCCGCUCUCGAAUCUGGCUGUGUCCAACUGCAGCUUUCACGUCCAUUCCUCUCCACGCAGCCAACCCCUUUCAAACAAAGGCAGAUCGCUCUAAGGAGCCAUGCCUGGAAGAUCUCUACAUCUGCUCUUACACGCCGACACUUUCGGCUCUGGUCAGAUCUAGACAGUUGAUGAAGAAGUGUGUGCCUCCGUCCUUUGUGGCGAUCGGGCAAGGUCAACCGGGUGCAGGGAAUGGCAAGGCACUCUUGGCUGUUGACAGCGAGCUCGAGAUCGUUCAUAAACUCGUCCCCGCGACUGCCAACCGUACUACUAUUUCUGGUGACGCAGCCACACGAGCAGGCGCACUCGAAGCUUUGCAGCACAACACCUGGGUGCACCUGGCGUGUCAUGGCAAGCAGGACUGUACACAACCUUAUGAUUCGCAUUUCGUCAUGAGAGAUGCACAUCUGACACUGCUCGAUAUCAUGGACAGAGACAUUCCGCACGCUGAGUUCGCGUUCUUAUCUGCUUGUCACACCGCCGUCGGAGAUGAGGAGACACCCGACGAAGUGAUUCACCUUGCAGCUGGUCUGCAGUUUUCAGGGUUCAAGAGCGUCAUUGGCACGCUGUGGGAGGUCGACGAUUCUGUCGCAAAACACGUCGUUGAAGCUUUCUACAAAUAUAUGUUCGAUAUGAAAGAGGACGGUGUCAUGGACUGUACAAAGGCGGCCUGGGCGCUCAACUGUGCUACACAUGCCGUGAAGACGAAGGUUCCACUCGAGCAGAGGAUGGUUUUUAUUCACAUUGGUGUGUAG